AAGUCGCCCAACCUCCUUGACUAGAAUUGAGUAUUGCAAUUUGCAAUCCAAUUCCCCAAUCUUCUUGCUUUGAAUUUAGCUAAUAACACAACCAUGGUCUAUCAGAAGAAAGUGAUAGAAGAGGUAGCCUGCUGGCUCAAGCUCUUCAACGACGGUUCAGUCGACCGCACCUGGUCAGGACCCCCUGAAGCCGAGUUCAUGGCAAAACCUGUGCCACCCCAUGAAGAAUUCAUUGGUGGAGUCGCUGUUCGUGACUUGACACUUGACACAAAAUCCGGCCUCGGCGUACGCCUUUACAUGCCCGAAAGAAAUCCCGACGACGAUGAGAAACUUCCCAUCGUUGUCCAUUUCCAUGGUGGUGGCUUUUGUAUAAGCCAACCCGAGUGGUACAUGUACUACCAUAUAUACACACGCCUAGUUAACUCAGCACGAGUCAUGUGUGUCUCUGUCAAGUUGCGGCUAGCCCCCGAGCACCGUCUCCCCGCAGCUUGCGAGGAUGGUCACUCCGUCCUCCAAUGGCUUCGUGCCGUUGCUCUUGGCAAAUUGUCUGAGCCAUGGCUCGAAGCCAACGGAGAUUUCAAGCGUGUCUUCCUCAUUGGGGAUAGCUCAGGGGGAAACCUUGUCCAUGACGUGGCAGCCCGUGCCGGGGCUGAAGAUUUAGCUCCUGUUCGAGUAGCCGGGGGAAUACCAAUUCACCCUGGGUUCGUCCGAGCUGAACGGAGCAAGUCCGAGUUAGAGAAAAAAUCUGACUCACCUUUCCUUACACUAGAGAUGGUUGAUAAAUUCUUGGCCUUGGCCUUGCCAAUUGGCUCCACAAAGGAUCAUCCACUCACAUGCCCGAUGGGUCCCGUGGCUCCACCUCUUGCCAAUCUGAAGCUGCCACCGUUUUUGGUUGUGCUGGCUGAGAAUGACUUGAUUUUGGACACCGAGAUAGAGUACUGUGAUGCAAUGAAGAAGGCCGGGAAGGAUGUAGAAGUGCUAGUUAACCAUGGCGUUGGUCACUCGUUUUAUCUCAAUAAGAUCGCCGUUGAAAUGGACCCCCAUACAGCUUGGGAGACCCACCGGCUUAUUGCAGCAAUCGACGAUUUCAUCCAAAGGCAUUAGCGGUUCUUGCAACAUGUUGGUCACAGAUUCAAAACUUAGAAACAAUCUCUUCUGUAAGGCAGGGGUUAAGGCUACGUACACUUGCCCCUCUCAAACCCUAUGGUAGCAGGAGCCACAUGGACUAGGUUGCUAUUUUGUUUUUUACAUGCAUUAUAAGGAAGAUGAUUAAGAGAUUUAUGUAAAGUAUCUGUUUAAAGGAGAAUUAAUUUAGCUCCGCUACUCUAUAAUCUCUAUUGAACUGUUUCAAAGGU